UCAAUAAAAUCCCGGUAUCGGCGUUUCCCUCGCAUAUAAACCUCUCCAGACUUCUCUACUCUUCUUCUCCCUUCUUCUUCCUUCUUCCUUCUGCCUCCUCGCACUCAACAGUUUCACACAGAUCUCGCCAUCACCAUGCAAGCCCCAGUGCUCGUCCUCAAAGAUUCGUUGAAGCGUGAGUCAGGGAGUAAAGUACACCAUGGAAAUAUCCAGGCAUCGAAGGCUGUUGCUGACAUAAUCCGGACAACCUUGGGCCCUCGGUCCAUGCUCAAGAUGCUACUUGACGCUAGUGGAGGAAUUGUAGUGACUAACGACGGAAAUGCCAUUCUGCGUGAAUUGGAUCUUGCUCACCCUGCAGCAAAGUCAAUGAUUGAAUUAAGUCGCACACAAGAUGAAGAAGUAGGCGAUGGAACAACAUCUGUCAUUGUCCUUGCUGGUGAGAUGCUCCAUGUUGCAGAAGCAUUUAUUGACAAGCGCUAUCAUCCUACUGUUAUUUGCCGAGCCUACAACAAAGCUCUGGAGGAUGCUAUUGCUGUUCUUGACAAAAUAGCAAUGGACAUUGAUGUGAAGGAUCGUGCAACAAUGUUGGGGCUGGUCAAGAGUUGUAUUGGUACAAAGUUCACUAGUCAGUUUGGGGAUUUAAUUGCUGAUUUAGCACUUGAUGCCACCACAAUAGUCGGGGUGGACCUUGGCCAAGGUCUGCGAGAAGUGGAUAUCAAAAAGUACAUUAAGGUUGAGAAGGUUCCUGGUGGCCAGUUGGAAGAUUCAGUGGUUCUCAGAGGAGUAAUGUUUAACAAAGAUGUCAUUGCACCUGGAAAAAUGAGAAGAAAGAUUGUCAACCCAAGGAUCAUUCUUCUUGACUGUCCUCUUGAGUAUAAGAAAGGCGAGAACCAAACAAAUGCUGAGUUACUUAAAGAAGAAGAUUGGGGAGUCCUACUAAAACUGGAAGAAGAAUACAUCGAGAGCCUCUGCGUGCAGAUAUUGAAGUUUAAGCCAGAUGUGGUUAUCACAGAGAAGGGGCUUAGUGACUUGGCAUGCCAUUACCUGAGCAAGGCUGGCGUCAGUGCAAUCAGGAGGUUGCGGAAAACAGAUAAUAACCGAAUUGCUAAGGCCUGUGGAGCUGUUAUUGUUAACAGACCAGAUGAAUUGCAAGAGUCUGAUGUUGGUACAGGGGCUGGGCUAUUUGAGGUCAAGAAAAUUGGUGAUGAGUAUUUUGCAUUCAUUGUUGAUUGCAAAGAUCCCAAAGCCUGUACUAUACUCUUAAGAGGUCCUAGUAAGGAUCUCUUAAAUGAAGUGGAAAGAAACUUGCAGGAUGCUAUGUCAGUUGCAAGAAACAUCCUCAAAAAUCCAAAACUUGUUCCUGGUGGUGGUGCUACAGAGUUAACUGUAUCUGCAACAUUGAAGCAAAAGAGCUCAUCUGUAGAAGGUAUCGAAAAGUGGCCAUAUGAAGCUGCUGCUAUAGCUUUUGAGGCUAUACCACGAACUUUGGCUCAGAAUUGUGGGGUUAAUGUGAUUAGAACAAUGACGGCACUGCAAGGAAAGCAUGCAAAUGGUGAAAAUGCAUGGAUUGGCAUAGACGGAAACACUGGUGCGAUAACUGACGUGAAGGAGAAAAAGAUAUGGGAUGCAUACAAUGUCAAGGCUCAGACCUUUAAAACAGCCAUAGAAUCCGCUUGCCUACUUCUCAGAAUCGAUGACAUUGUGAGUGGUAUUAAGAAGAAGCAGCCUCCUGGUUCCAAAGGUCCUUCAAAGCCUCAAGUUGAGACAGAAGGCGACGCUGAUAAUGAGCAAAUGAUUCCCGAGUGAGAAUGGAGAAGACGAUGGGGGUCAGCGUGCUUCUUGAUUUGAAUUAAGUUUUGCUUUCAAGAAGAAAGAAAAGGAGCAUUAUGAGUUUGAUGAGGAUAUUUUGUAGGUUAUAACGAUACCUUUGACUUAGGUGGAGUGUGUGUUUGUAUCUUCUCUUUAUUUCUCUCUUGAUGUGGGGAAUGUUAUGUUAGCCUGCCAUGUCGUUUACUUGUUAGCUUGCCAUAUGUGGAAUGAUGCUUCUUUUGAGCAUUGUGAAUGACUUUAAUUUUUUGGUAGUGACUGAAAAGGGAGAAAGCAAAUCUUGGCUUUUGAUCUCA